AUGAAACCAUUUUACGGGUGCUAUCACACAAAUUUCGAUGAGUGGCAACAACACGAUAGAAUCAUGGCUGAGUACAUCUGGAUUGAUGGAACUGGCAUUAAUCUUAGGUCUAAGUCCAGAUCGCUCGAUAAAAAGAUAGAAUGCCUUGCAGAUCUUCCUGACUGGAAUUUCGAUGGAUCUUCUACUGAACAAGCCUGCACUGAGGAUUCUGAAGUGAUCAUCAAGCCAGUUGCUUACUUCAAGGAUCCAUUCAGAGGAGGGGACAAUCUCUUAGUACUUUGUUCAAGCUACUCUUGGACUGACGAGACUAGGACUGAGUUGAAGCCUGCUAAUACCAACUUCAGAUACUUUUCUGAGCCUAUCUUUGAAGAGUGUAAAGAUGAACAACCAUGGUAUGGUAUUGAACAAGAGUACUACUUGAUGGAAUGUUCUAAUGCUUUCACACAAUGGCCACUUGGAUGGCCAGAAGGAGGUUUUCCAUCAAGCCAAGGACCUUACUAUUGUUCAGUUGGAGCAACAGUUUGCUAUGGAAGAGCUGUGGUGGAUACUCACUACAGAGCAUGCUUGGCUGCUGGUGUCAACAUCUCUGGAACCAACGGAGAAACCAUGCCUGGCCAAUGGGAGUUCCAGGUUGGUCCAUGUGAGGGCAUCUCAAUUGGAGACCAUCUUUGGAUGGCCAGGUAUCUUCUAGAAAGAGUCUCUGAAGAUCUUGGAGUUGCUGUCUCUUUCGAUCCAAAGCCAAUUAAAGGUGACUGGGCUGGGGCUGGAGGCCAUGUCAACUUCUCAACCAAAACUAUGAGAGAAGAAGGAGGCCUCAAGGAAAUUUACGAGGCUGUUGAUAAGAUGAAGGAAAGACAGAAAGAACAUCUUGACCUCUAUGGGCUUGACAAUGAGAAGAGACUCACUGGUAAGAAUGAAACUUGUGCUCAUGGCGAAUUUACUUGUGGAGUUGGUGACAGGACGGCAUCCAUUAGGAUCCCAACCUCUGUAGAGUCAAGCAAGAUGGGUUACUUAGAAGACCGUAGGCCUGCUUCCAACCUUGACCCAUACCUUGUUGGAGCCAUCCUUGUAUCAACCUGUGUUAUCGGAGAGAGCAAGCAUGAAGAAGCAAUGUUUGAACACUUCAACAACUGGAAAGCAGAGAGAGAAGCACUCAAAGAUUAAGCCUAAUCUUACCAUUAAAAUUCAAUUUAGU